GCGCGAGAUAGGAACUUGAGCGCGGAGUAGUGUUGUCAGUAACACAGAGGUGGAGUAGUGAACCUGGCAAGAAAUAUACAAAUUAACGGAAAUGUCCUGGUGGCCGCGCGGAGAGGAUGGGGAGGAAGCUAUGUAUCAGGACACUGACUCUGAUGUGGCUGAGCAGAGGGAGAGUGGAAGGGUCAAAGUAAAAUGGACACAAGAUGAGGAUGACAAGCUGAAAGCAUUGGUCCUAAACCUGGGGACAAGUGACUGGAAAUGCAUUGCCAGUUUAAUACCAAAUCGCUCAGAACAUCAGUGCCAGCACCGCUGGUUGAAGGUUUUGGAUCCAGAUCUAGUUAAAGGUCCCUGGACCAAAGAGGAAGAUGAGAAGGUGAUUGAACUGGUGAAUCGUUAUGGCAACAAGCAAUGGGCUAUGGUGGCUAAGCACCUGAAGGGCCGCUUGGGAAAGCAAUGCAGGGAGCGCUGGCACAACCACCUGAACCCGGACGUGAAGAAGUCCUCCUGGACGGCAGAGGAAGACCUCAUCAUCUACAAGGCCCACUGUAUGCUGGGAAACCGCUGGGCUGAGAUUGCCAAGCUUCUCCCUGGAAGGACAGAUAAUGCUGUGAAAAACCACUGGAACUCAACCAUCAAGCGUAAAGUUGAUAUGGGCUUCUAUAUCGGGGUGGAUCCUACUAUAAAGUGUCAUGACAUUGAACCAGAGGAGGGCAUGUCCCUCCACAGUACUGACCAGCAGGUGGACUAUGAUAGUUCUGUCGAAAGGGACCCAGACCAAGACACCACACUGUUGGAGAAUUCCAGUACAUCCACUGUGAGAGGAGGCCCAAUUGAAGCAGGCUCCCACAAGGCAGUCUCUCCUCAACAGUCGAAGAUGCCCAAAAGUGAACCAGACACCCCAGGAAGUGAACUGAACACAAGUGGUUGGGUUGUGGACAGUGCAGGCUUUCUAUCACCCAAUGGCCCGGCCUUGAAGGAGGUGAUGGACAUGGUGGACGGGGACCUGGAUGGCUGGUGCAACAUGGCGGUCUUUGACCUGCCCGAGGAGAGCCAGAGCCCGGAGCGGACCCAGUUCCGUCUGGAGGGCAGCGCCCUGCAGGAGCUCAGCAAGGGCAACCGGGGGGAACUGAUCCCCAUCUCUCCAGGAGGCAUCACGCCUCCUUCCAUACUGAACCGCCGCAGCCGUCGCCGCAUCCCUCUGUCCCCUGAUUCCAACAACUCCAGGACCCCCAAGAGCACCCCUGUCAAGAUCCUGCCCUUUUCUCCCUCGCAGUUUCUCAACAUGUGGACCAAACAGGACAACUUUGAGCUGGAGAAUCCUUCCCUGACCUCCACGCCAGUGUGCAGUCAGAAGUCUGCUGUUACCACCCCGCUGCACCGUGACAAGACUCCCCUCACGCAGAAGGAGAACUCUGUGUUUGCCCCCAAACUCUACCCAAACUCUGUUUUCAUUACACCCAACCACAAGUCGAAUCUUGAAACCACACCGCGUACUCCGACUCCGUUCAAAAAUGCGAUGGAGAAGUAUGGUCCUUUGCGGGCUCUGCCACAGACUCCGAACGAGGAGGACUUGAAAGAGGUCCUCUUGAAAGAGGCGGGGAUUGAGCUCAUUGUCAUGGAUGAAAGUCCACCUGAGCAAAGACGGAAGCAGGUGCAUCGUCCUCCGAUGAAGAAAGUGCGUAAAUCGCUGGCUUUGGAUGUCAUGGACUGCAAAGAGAUGGUCACUGUCAGGAAUCAGUCCUUUAGGGCGGAGCCCCCAACCUGUCCCACGCCUGAGAAGUCACUCAACUCCUCGUCUUUUUGCAUGAAGAGGGAAUACAGGGAGGAUAAUGUCCUGGAUCAGGGUUUCUGUUUAGGACCCAGUGAAAGUGGUGCAUAUUCCAACCCUGUGCCCCCAACCCCAAUGUCCCAGGCUUGGGAAGCCGUGGUAUGUGGACGAACCAAGGACCAGCUCAUCAUGACCGAGAAGGCAAGACGUUAUCUCCGCUCGCUAAAGUCACGAGCUCCUAACCGGGCCCUCAUCCUGUCCUGAGCUCGUAUGCUAGUUCUUACGAGCCCACUGGGGCAGACAUUUUUAUAAUAGUGAUAAAAUCGUUUAACAUGUUAAAUGUAACACUUCCAAACUUGACUGUUGGUUUUCAGUAGAGAUCUAUUUCUGUUUCUUAAACAAGGAUUUGUAAAAAAGGAAGGAAAAAAAAGAGAAAAGCUAUCUAUGUUGAGCACACUCAUACCAGAAGUCCUGUAAACUUGUAAAUACGGGAAACAGUUUAUUUUAGGGCUUUAUAAUGGUAUUACAAGUUUUUCAAACAUAAUUGUGUUUGGAUCUAUCACUAUAUUCUAGUAAGAGAGGAAUGUCCAUGACAAUUAACACUUACAUUACGUUUUCUGUCAUACUCAAAUGUAACAGUCAAAAAAAAAUUUUUUUUCAUACCUCAUCUUCACUUGUCAUUAUGCACUUAUCAGACAGUAUUGGCUUUGAUUUGGAACUAUGCCUCAUGGUUACAUUUGAUUAUUGGAUUAAUCAAUGACAAGUUAUUGACUUACAUUAUUAAACAGAUUACUGGUUCUUCAGAAAUGUGGUUUUCAGAAAUGUUUCAUAUGAUAGAUUUUUACAUUAAAUGUAGUCUACUAUCCACUCCAUUAGGUUUAUAUCAGCUUACUUUUUUUUAAAGAAUAGUUGUGUGAUGUGAAUAUGCAUAACUGUGGAACAGUCACACUCAGGUUGCCCUAUUCCCAUGUCCAAACUUGUAUAGUUUUGAGAAGAUUAUGGUGCUUUGAUAUGCAGGAUAUAUAUUUUUUUUUGGGCUGAAGCCUGAUGUCCUGUGUGCUAAGAUUUAUGAAUAA